AUGAACCACUUCGUGACCAGGGAGGCCGGCCGCAGCAGCGGCGGCGCGGGGGGCGCCCCGGCCGAGCGCCCCCGCCGCCCCCGCCCGGGCCCGCGGCCCCCGCCGACCCCGCCGCCCCCGUUCGCGCGCGGCGCUGGGGGCCCCCGCGGGCCGCAGGUGGCGCCGAAGCAGCAGCUGCAGGGGGUCAAUGUGUGUGGAGGACAGUGCUGUCCUGGCUGGAGCAAAGCGCCUGGUUCCCAGAGAUGCACCAAACCCAGCUGUGUUCCCCCGUGCCUGAACGGAGGGAUGUGCCUGCGGCCUCAGCUGUGCGUGUGCAAACCAGGCACCCGGGGCAAAGCCUGUGAGCUGACCACGGCCCGCGAGCCCGCACCCACAGUGCUCAGAACCCGGAGUGCCGGGCGCCCUGCCUCACCACGGAAGCCUCCGGAGCCGGCGGCCCAGCUGACUUCCUCGGAGAAGGCGGACGCUGUGCCCAGAGCCAGCCCCGUGGCCCAGAUGACCCUGACGCUCAAGCCGAAGCCGCCGUCCGUCAGCCUGUCCCCACAGCCACGCGCUCAAGUGGCAUCUCUGACCUCCCAGAACAUCAUGAUUCAUCGUGGCCAGACCCAGGCGUACGUGCUCAGGCCCAAGGACUUUGCUGCCCGGAAGGUGAUGACCAGCGAGCAGGCCACGGAAGGAGCCUUCCCCCUGAGGUCCAGGCAGGAGCUGGGCUCUGCGCCUUUCCAAGUGAGGACUGCAUUCCCUCAGAAGCAGCCUGUGGAGAUGGCAGAAGUGCAGGUGUGA